AACCCGAGAGUCAUAAAAAGCGACGCCCAGCAGGAGAAGAGGAAUCAGAAGACGAACCACUGCGAUUUGAGAAGUUUGAAAUUUGUAUUUGUUAAAUUGAGAGAGACGAGAAAAGGGAAUUUUAGGAAGAGACCAAACCCUAUUGAAUGGGGAUGGAGGAAUUGCAGGCGCAGAUAUCGCCGGGGGAUUCGCGGACGCCAGGGAAAGAGCAGCAAGCGGCCGGAGUCGGGAUACUCCUCCAGAUCAUGAUGCUUGUCCUCUCUUUCGUCCUCGGCCAUGUCCUUCGCCGUCACAAGUUCUAUUAUCUUCCUGAAGCCAGCGCUUCUCUUCUCAUUGGUUUAAUUGUUGGCGGACUCGCGAACAUUUCUAACACCGAAAGAAGCAUCAGGGCGUGGUUUAAUUUCCACGAGGAAUUUUUCUUCCUCUUCCUGUUGCCUCCCAUCAUAUUUCAAUCUGGGUUCAGUCUAGCACCAAAACCCUUCUUUUCAAACUUUGGAGCCAUUGUCACGUUUGCUAUUCUUGGGACCUUUGUAGCUUCAAUUGUCACUGGUGUUCUGGUUUACCUUGGUGGUUUGAUGUACCUCAUGUACAGACUUCCAUUUUUCGAGUGUCUUAUGUUUGGUGCUCUUAUAUCUGCGACCGAUCCUGUAACAGUUUUAUCUAUAUUUCAGGAACUUGGCACAGAUACGAAUCUUUAUGCUUUAGUGUUUGGGGAAUCUGUCUUGAAUGAUGCUAUGGCAAUAUCCUUGUACAGAACAAUGUCCUUAGUCAAAAGUCAUCCAUCAUCUGGACAAAACUUCUUCAUUGUGGUUGUCAGAUUUCUUGAGACCUUUGUUGGCUCAAUGUCUGCAGGUGUUGGAGUUGGAUUCACUUCUGCUCUACUUUUUAAGUAUGCUGGCCUUGAUAUCGACAACCUUCAGAACUUGGAGUGCUGCCUUUUUGUUCUCUUUCCAUAUUUCUCGUAUAUGCUUGCAGAAGGAAUAGGCCUCUCUGGUAUCGUAUCGAUAUUGUUCACGGGAAUGGUGAUGAAGCAUUACUCCUUUUCAAAUUUGUCGGAGAAUUCUCAGCAAUUUGUAGCUGGAUUUUUCCAUUUGUUAUCAUCAUUAGCUGAGACGUUUGUAUUUAUAUACAUGGGUUUUGACAUUGCCAUGGAACAACACAGCUGGUCACAUGUUGGAUUUAUCUUUUUCUCAAUUAUAUUUAUUGGAGUUGCAAGGGCAGCAAAUGUCUUUUCUUGCGCAUAUUUGGUUAAUUUGGUACGACCAUCCCAUCGAAAAAUACCUUCAAAACACCAGAAAGCUCUUUGGUACAGUGGACUUCGAGGGGCUAUGGCUUUUGCCCUCGCUCUGCAAUCAGUUCAUGAUCUUCCAGAAGGGCAUGGUCAGACUAUAUUCACUGCUACCACUGCUAUAGUCGUUUUGACGGUGUUAUUAAUUGGAGGUUCUACUGGUACCAUGCUUGAAGCUUUACAAGUUGUAGGUGAUGGCCAUGAUAGCCCCUUGGGUGAAAGGUUUGAUGGUAAUAAUGGUUACCUGGCUCCUUCGUAUAAUGAGGAAUCAACAUCAGGAAACAGGUUGAAGAUGAAACUAAAAGAGUUCCACAAGAACGCUGCAUCCUUCACAGCAUUAGAUAGAAAUUACCUCACCCCAUUUUUUACUAGUCACAACGGAGAUGAAGAAGAACAAGACCAUGAUGGCCCAAUGCCCAGUUCUCGAAUAGGAGGUUUACGCGGCCAUCAUUAGUAGUCAAGCAUAACGUGACGAGGAACAGUGUGCAAAAUUUAGUCAACAAUGUAGAUAGUUUACACAGGUGGUCCUGGUGCAUUCCAUUUGGAACGGAGCUGGUUGGUUGAACUGGAGCUAUGCACUUACUAUUUUCCCGUCCAUGCCUCCUGCCUGCUACGCACCUAUAAUACAAGGUUUCAAACCAAGGGGAUAAGUACACAGUAUGGACAAAUAUAGGCGGUUAUCUAUUGUCCAAUUCUUCUAUAAUGUCUGACAAAACGAGCGGAUAAGAUUUUAUAAAUGCUUGAUUUGGCCCUGUGUGGCAAAUCUGUACUCUAAUGCUUCACUUGGUUUGAUCACUAACAUUAUGAAUUUUUUACUAUGCUUAUGUUCUUGCAUGAAGAUGAAUGUUUUGAUGUCAAUGUGCAUGUGUGUGCGCGCACAAGAGAUGUUGAAGAGUAU